AUGGCACCACUGAAGCGUGCGCAAACAAGUGUUGAUGAGGACGAUUCAAGCAGCAGCUCAGAUACGAACUCCAAUAAGCGCCGUCGUACGUCGGAAAGUACCUCUGGUUUCCCAGAGAGCGAGGAAAACAACGAAAGCAAUGGAGAAGAACGGGAGGAAUCUGCCAUGCCGUUACAGUCCUUCGAGACCUACGACGCUGAGGAAGAGGACGAAGAUACACUGGAACAACAGGCGACGCAAGCCAUAUUAGAGAGAUACCACACCAACGAGUCAAAUGUCCCCUCCGAUCAUGGAAUUAUUGAGCGCGUGGAUUGUUUCAAUUUUAUGUGUCACAAGCAUUUCUCCGUCGAACUCAGUCCGCUCAUCAACUUCAUCGUUGGCAAGAACGGAAGUGGGAAAAGCGCUAUUCUGACUGCGCUCACUCUAUGUUUGGGAGCCAAAGCCUCUAUCACCAACAGAGGCCAGAGCCUUAAAAGCUUCAUCAAGGAAGGAGAGGAGUCAGCAACUAUUAUCGUCCGGAUCAAGAACCAAGGAGAUGGUGCCUAUAUGCCCAAUGAAUACGGCAAGUCUAUCAUCGUUGAGCGGUCUUUCACAAAGAGCGGGUCGAGUGGCUUUAAGAUCAAGAACGAAACAGGCAAAAUAGUUUCAACCAAAAAGGUUGACUUGGACGCUAUUACGGAUUUUUUUAAUUUGCAGAUCGACAAUCCUAUGAAUGUCCUCUCACAGGACAUGGCCCGCCAGUUUCUUAGCUCCUCAAGCCCCGCGGAAAAGUACAAGUUCUUCGUGAAAGGUGUUCAACUUGAACAAUUGGAUCACGACUAUCGCCUAAUUGAAGAGUCCGUGGAUCAGAUCAAAGAAAAACUUGACGCUAGAAGAGGAGAUCUCAACAUUCUCAAAGCCGACAAGGAAAAAGCCCAACGAAGACUCGAGCUUUCCGACCAGCGAAACAACCUUCGGCUGCGUGUUAGAAAUAUUCGAGGACAGAUGGCUUGGGCGCAAGUUGAGGAGCAGGAGAAAAGACGAGACAAUAUCGACAUGGAUAUCGCUGAAAUCGACCGCCAGAUUAUUGCAGCAGAGUCUGAUGUUGGUAACUUGGAUGCCAGGUACGAAGCAGCGCAGCGUGAACUCGCAACUGCGUCUGGAGUAUUGAAUAAUACAAAAGAAUCAUUGGAACGAGCAAGAGAGGAAAAACAAGAAAUACAGGCUCUCAGGGACAAGGAAAUGAGCGAUCAUCAUGACUUGCAGGCGGAGCAACGGCAAAUUGGUGAACAUGUCAAAUCCGCCCAGGCACGGAUAGAUAAACUCAAACAGGACAUAUCUGAAGAGGAAAGACGAAUGGCAGACGUCGAUGGAGGCAAUUUUGCCCAGAGGCAUGAAGAGCUUGCGCAACGGAGGGCUAAAGCCAAAGAAGCCUCUGAAAAACAUACACAGCAUCAGGCAGGCGCAACUAAAUUCCACGAAGCGAUACGUAAGGCGGAGGAGAAUCUAAAGCAGACUAUUGCACCUGUGCACAAACAUAAAUCGGAAAUUGAACAAGCGGAAAAGCUACUCAGGUCUCUUAGCAAAGAUCGAGGACAGUCUAACGCGGGUUUUUCUGACAAGAUGCCUCAGCUUCUCGCUGCUAUUGCCCAUGAAAAUUCAUUCGGUCGCCGUCCCGUUGGCCCAGUUGCUCACCAUGUAAGGCUCAUGAAGCCUGAAUGGUCUGCGGUCAUAGAGCAGUCUCUGAACAAUUCCCUCAACAGUUUCAUUGUCACUUCGAAGCGGGAUAUGAACAUACUCUCUAGAAUCAUGCAGAGAGUGAAUUGUGUUUGCCCUAUACUCAUUGGUAGUGACGGUGCUAUUGAUACAUCCGCUCACGAGCCAGAUCGACGCUUUGAUACUAUACUUAGAGUUCUCGAGAUAGAUGAUGAUCUCGUUCGUCGGCAGCUGAUCAUCAAUCACGGAAUUGAGCAAAUAGUGUUGAUUCAGAACGUGGAAGAGGCUUCUGCCACUCUCUUUGAAGGAGAGCGCCUUAGAUGUGUGAAACGCUGCUUAUGUAUCGACUCUAGAGAUCGACGCCGAGGUGUCACCCUCGCAUAUGGGCGCACAGGAGAGCCUAGCCAAGCCCCUAUAGCCCCGUACACUGGGAGACCGCGCAUGAGAUCAGAUAUUGAUUCUCAAAUAAGGCUUCAGGAAGAAAAUGUACAAGCACUCAAGAGCCAAUUGGUUGACAUGGAAUUAAGAGUGGCCUCUGCUCGAACUGAAUUACAGGGAUGCAAAAAUGCACUAACACAAUACAAAUAUGAAGAAGAUAACCUUAAAAUAGAGGCACAGCGACUUGAAGAUCAUGCCGAUGACCUUGAAGACGCCCUUGAAAAGGACCGUGUCGAAGAUGGCCACUUAGACGCACUGAAAAAUUCUUUGGCAGAAGCCGAAGGUGAAAAGACACUCAGCAACAAUUCUUACAACGAUUCGAAUCUUGCAAUGCAAGGAAUCAAAACCAACCUUAAGAAUUAUGGCCGACAGCUAGCUGCCAAGGAAAAUGACAUCCAGCCUCUUGAGGAAAACGUCCGCAUUGCUGAAAACGAGUAUGCCAAAGUUGAAGAGCACAGACGAGUUGUUCUGGCACAGAAAAAUGCGGCAUACGAACGUGUCAAGGAUUUGAAUCAAAUUCGCGAGGCAAGGAUCGCUGAUAAAGAGGCGCUCGUCGCGCUUGUUGUCAGUUAUUGCGAGCAGGCCAGCAUCGUGUCUGCGCGAGUUCCCAUUGAUGAAGGCGAAACACCUAGCAGCCUUGAGAAGAAGCUGGAAAAACUUAGUAGCGAUUUGAAACGUUUUGAACAACAGAUGGGUGCUUCACGAGAUGAACUAGCGGCCGAAUUGCUUAAAGCAAGCAAAGCCUUAGCGAGCGCUGAAAAACAGUUCAACGAGCUUGAGAAGCUUGAGCAGAUCUUCAAACAUACAAUCAAUUAUCGACGCGAGCGAUGGAAAAACUUCCGAGCACAUAUAUCGUCUCGUGCCAAAGCCCAGUUCACGUACUUGCUUAGUGAAAGAAGCUUCCGUGGCCGGCUUCUCACGGAUCAUGAGGCUAAAUUGUUAGACCUACAGGUCGAACCGGAUAUCACCAAGAACAGUGCCGGCCGUGGUGCAAAGACGUUAUCGGGCGGCGAGAAAUCUUUCUCUCAAAUCUGUCUUCUGUUGUCACUCUGGGAAGCCAUGGGAUCGCCUAUUCGCUGUCUCGAUGAGUUUGAUGUUUACAUGGACCAAAUUAAUCGGAAGUCGUCGAUAGAUAUGCUGAUGAUGGCAGCCAGAAGGUCAAUUGGCCGUCAGUUUAUUCUCAUCACUCCAGGAUCCAGAGCAGACAUUAGUCUUGCGCCCGACGUCCGCGUAAAGGAACUUGCCGAGCCAGAGAGAGGACAAAGUACAUUGACAUUCCGUCAAACUUGA